AGGAGUGAGGAGUGUGUGGGUGUGGAGGCGCCUCGCUCGCCCACAAUGUACAACCCGUGCACACACACGGAGCGACGGCGCGCCCGGAAUAUCAAAUGCAACUUGUGUCUAUUGAGUAUGGUAUUACUCCACGUCCAUCCAGCAUGCAGUUUCCGCUAUCAAUAAUUUACCGUCAACAGGAGGGGGUGGGUGAAGGCAAGUUGUCUCGGAUCAAAGAAACCGAAGAGACGCGAAGAAUUUGCAAAUGAACGUGUGUUGAUGCGAUUUCACACCGCGACUCUGCAAAGUCCCGCCGGGUGAAGGGAGUAAUGGUCAUCUUGGUCCUGGCUAUGGUCAUCUCAUAUUUCGGUUGUCCGCAAGCAGCCCCGAUGAAAGAAGCCGGCGCCUCCUUCUACCCCGGGCGACCGGACGGGGCGAGAGACGGGAUGGGACCGGCCCGCGGGCUGGGAGCGCUGGCCCAGACGGUGGAACAUGUACUGGAGGAACUGCUGGAGGAGGUGGACGAGCCGGAGAGACCGGCGAGCGACAGCGACAGCGACGGCGGAGGCAACAAGGAAGUCGACCUGUACUCGUCGCGGGUGAUGUUGAGCGGCCAAGUGCCUCUGGAGCCGCCCCUGCUCUUCCUGAUGGAAGAGUACAGGAACUACUUGGAAGCGGCCAACAUGUCGGCGCGGGUCCGGCGCCACUCCGACCCGGGGAGGAGAGGGGAGCUGAGUGUGUGUGACAGCAUCAGUCAGUGGGUGACGGCCGACAAGAAGAAGACUGCCGUGGACAUGUCUGGCCAGACGGUCAGCGUCUUGGAAAAAAUCCUCGUCCAGAACGGCCAACUUAAGCAGUACUUUUACGAGACCAAAUGUAACCCCAAGGGUUUCACCAACGAAGGCUGCAGAGGGAUAGACAAGAAACAUUGGAAUUCGCAGUGUAGAACCAGCCAAUCCUAUGUGCGAGCUCUAACCAUGGAUAGUAGGAAGAAGAUUGGGUGGAGGUUUAUACGGAUAGACACGUCGUGUGUAUGUACGCUCACCUUUAAGAGGGGGAGAUAAUAAAUUGGUGUAUAUAGAUUUUAUUGAGAAGUAAUCUAUUUGUAUAUAUUACAUACAGGGUAAUUUAUUCCGUCGAGAUGAUACACAAUACUAAUUUUAUGGACUGCAUGUGUAAAUGAAGUUUAUACCGUUAAAAAAAAAAGUGGUUGUACGGUCUAUUUAUUGAACAUGUCCAUGGCCCGAGGAAGUGUGUGUGUUGGGGGGCGGGGGGGGGGGGGGGGGGGGGGGGGGGAGAAAGGACCAUUUCGCGCACAAACAAACAACCAACCAGCCUGUAUUACAUUCUUCAGAGUAUCGUGGCUUGUUGCGUGACUUUUGCCAAGACUUGACCCGAAAGUUUUCAAGAAUAAUCGUAAAUAAUAAAUGCAUGCUGCUGAGAUGGCCCGGUUCCAACAUGUCCAUUGGGGGGGUAAAAAAAAAAGCCCAUGACACCAUCCGUUUACAUUCGCCAGUAAAGUGGUUAUACUCCUUCUUAGUAUUAUCUUUGUUGAUUGCUUUACCCGUGGCGUUGGAAUAAAAAAAAAAAAAAAAAGUCAAGGUGCUGUCAUCAAUCCUCACUAGUCUUAAUUUUAUUCCCCUGGGAUUUACAUCGACAAACCAACUCGAGCUGUUCCCCACCUGUUGGCUGUUUGGCUGUAAAAUAAAAAAAAUCCCGUUGCUUUUACACGCAAUGUGCAGGUAACAUGCAGGUAACAUGCAGGGGGGGGGGGGACGCUCACCCCGCACCCCCAUUGCAUGCAACUAAAACCCGCGAGGGGGGAAGGGGGAGGGGAGAGGGGAGAGGAGGGGAGAGAGGGGAGAAGGGAGGGGAGAGAAGGGAGAGGGAACAGUCAUCUGGAGUUCACUAGCUGAAUAUGUUAUACAUAUUGCCUCUAUUGUGUAAUGGUAAUAAAGGUGUUGAAAAUAAACACGAA